GUCGGGAAGCUUCCUAUAGCAAGUAUUGAAUACAAUAAAAAACUUGAUCUAGGAGAUUGUGACAGACCAGAAGACUUAAAUCAAUGCAUGCUUCUCUGCCAUGAUCUUGAGCAGUAUAAUCCAGAAGCAGUUAGACUAUUGACAAAAAAGAAAUUAGAAAAUAGUCCAGAAUCUAAAACACAAGCUAUUAGAAAAAGUAAUAAAUCUAAGAGUUUGAUUAAUAAAGAAUUUGAGCGAUUAGGAGAAAUCAAGGAGGAACAAGAAAAACCGGAGAAGGAUUUAGAAUUUAGAGAGCAAGAAAUAGGUAUAGCAGUUAAAAGAAGAGCCAUAGCUAUACAUCAUGCAAAAGUUCCCAAAUCUCAUUUAGAUAACAAAAAUGAUAAACCUGGAAAUGAUAAUGCAUUAGAAAAAAAGAAUUCACAAACUGAUUGGCUUAGAAAUAAGCAAAUUAUAGUCUACAAUAGAGCAGAAAUAGAUGAUUAUUUAAGCAAUGUCUUUGAACAAAUUUUAUACCAAGUGGAGGAAAGAGAAGAAAAGUUUAAUAUUUAA